AUUUGUAGCAACAAAUUAUAACCUUGAGACAAUUUUUUUUAAAUGUAAUCUCCAUGAAUCCAUAGAUUUGGUCUCAGUGGAUGCAGAGUGAUAGUCUUGUUUGUUUAUUGUGGGAUCUUUUCUUUCUUAGACAUGAUAGAACCAUAUGUCAAUGUGUCAUGAGAACCCACCCUUGGAACCCAGACAAUGAACUCUGAAUGUUUUAUGAAAGCUCCAUCUAUCUGCCAUGACGUGUGUAUAUCUAAUGUAAAGAUGAAGGCGUAUUUCGGUUCACACUGAUGUGAAGUGAUUCUGUUCCUCCAGGAUCAUCAGGCUGGUGGUGGCAGCAGCUCUUCUGUCCGCGCGCGCUCUGUUCUGGACCUGCACGCGGCCUGUGAACGCAGCACGUCACUCCCUCCCCUCCCCGCUGCUGUGACCUCCUCCAGGAGAUAAACGUACACAAACAUGGCGAAGGGACGAGAAGAAAGGAUGCUGCUCGCGCUUCACGCGCUGCUCAUCGCUGCCAGCGCGGUGAACUGCGUGACCCUCCGUGCUCACUGGGAGAACCGCGGCGUCUUCACGGUGGAUGCGAACCGGGACCCGGCAGGCGGAGGCGGAGGAGGCGCCGCGCUGCCUGUGGCCGCGCAUGGUGUCGUCGCGGAGGGCGGCUACACGGCGCGUCGAAGCCGCCGGAGCAGCGGAGUGUCGGCCAUGCCGAAGGUGUACGGCCAGGUCAGUCUGAACGAUUCUCACAACCAGAUGGUUGUGCACUGGGCCGGGGAGAAGAGCAACGUUAUUGUGGCGUUGGCUCGGGACAGUGCAGCAGCCAGUGGACCCAAGACCAGUGCUGUGUAUGUGUCCUAUGACUACGGCGGUACCUUCACCCUCAUCUCAGACAAGUUUCAGCUAUCAAAGGACAAGAAAAAGGAUGGCAGCAAGCAAGUUAUUUCCCAGUUCUACCACAGCCCAGCAGACAACCGAAGGUACCUGUUUGUGGAUUCCACUAACAACUACCUGUGGAACACCUUUGACUUCUGCCGUAACGUCCAGGGCUUCUCCCUUCCCUUCAAACCCACCGACCUGCUGCUCCAUUCCAGAAUGUCCGGCCUUGUGCUUGGCUACGACAGCUCCCAUUCCAACAAACAGCUGUGGAAAUCUGAUGACUUUGGGGAGACAUGGGUGUUAAUCCAGGAACAUGUGAAGGCCUACUUCUGGGGAAUUGAGCCUUAUGACCCCCCCACCACUGUGCUGGUCCAAAGACACGAGCCGCAGGGUGUUUCCACCGUUCUCAAGAGCACAGACUUUUUCCAGAGUGAGCAAAACCGCAGCGUGAUCCUGGAGCAGGUGGACAGCUUCCAGCUUCGAGACAAGUACAUGUUCGCCACAACCACACGGAAGCUGUUUGGCAGCCAUGAACCGUCCACCGUCCAGCUUUGGGUCUCCUACAACCGCCAGCCUAUGAAAGCAGCGCAGUUUAUGACUCGCCAUCCAAUCACAGAGUUCUACAUCGCCGAUGCCUCUGAAGACCAAGUGUUUGUGUGUGUGAACCACAGACACAACGUCACACACCUUUACAUAUCAGACACGCAAGGGCUUGCUUUCUCUCUGUCCCUGGAGAACGUCCUGUACUACAGUCCCGAAGGCUCCAGCAAUAACACACUUAUUAGGUACUUCGCCAGUGAGACCUUUGCAGACCUGCAUCGAGUGGAGGGUUUGCGAGGCGUCUUCAUUGCCACCCUGCUGAACGGCUCGGCCAGCGAGGAUAACAUGCGCUCUGUGAUCACGUUUGACAAAGGAGGAACAUGGGAGCUGCUGCAGCCGCCCUCAGCUGACAGCCUGGGAGGAACCGUAGACUGCCAGCUCAGUAAAGGCUGUUCUCUCCACCUGGCUCAGCGCUGGAGUCAGCUGUUCAACAUCCAGUUGAGGAGGAUCCCCAUCCUAUCCAAGGACUCUGCUCCUGGACUUAUCAUGGCAACAGGAUCUGUUGGCAGGAACUUGGCGAACAAACCUAACGUGUAUGUGUCGAGCAGCGCUGGAGCGCGCUGGAGAGAGGCUCUGGCUGGACCUCAUUUUUACACGUGGGGGGACCAUGGUGGCAUCUUGAUGGCCAUAGCUCAGGGAGGUCCAACCAACCAGCUCAAGUUCAGCACCAACGAAGGCGAGACGUGGACGGAGUUUAAGUUCUCUGAGAAGGAGGUCUUUGUGUACCAGCUGCUGACGGAGCCUGGGGAGAAGAGCACCAUUUUUACCAUCUUUGGCUCGUAUGCGGAGCAACGGCACAGCUGGCUCAUCCUGCAGGUCAACGCCUCUGAUGUUCUGAGCGUGCCGUGUUCAGAGGCGGAUUACAAGCGCUGGUCUCCUUCAGAUGAGCAUGGCAAUGAGUGUCUUCUGGGCAGGGAAGUGACCUUCAAGAGGCGCGCUCCCCAUGCCACGUGCUUCAACGGCGAGGACUUUGACAGGCCCAUCACCAUCACCAACUGCUCCUGCACACGACAGGACUAUGAAUGCGACUAUGGCUUCAAGCUCAGUGAGGACUUGUCUCUCCAGGUUUGUGUCCCAGACCCUGAGUUUAUGGGUGACCUGUAUGCUCCUCCUGUUCCCUGUCCCAUCGGUACCACCUAUCGGCGCAGUAAAGGCUACAGGAAGGUUCCAGGCGACAGCUGCAGCGGUGGAGAUGUGGAGUCCAGACUGGACGGGGAAAUGCUGCCCUGCCCCAUUGGAGAGAGUAAUGAGUUCAUCCUGUACGCUGUCAGAAACUCCAUUCAUCGCUACGACCUGGCCACGGGCAGCGACCAGGCGCUGCCGCUGGUCGGCCUGCGGGAGGCCGUGGCUUUGGACUUUGACUACGACAGGAACUGCUUGUACUGGGCCGACAUCGCUUUAGACACCAUUCAGCGGCUAUGUCUGAACGGCAGCUCAGGUCAGGAAGUCGUCAUAAGGAAAGACCUACAGAAUGUGGAAGCUCUAACCUUUGACCCCAUCAGCAGACUCCUUUACUGGGUUGAUGCUGGAGCGCAAAAGAUCGAGGUUUCCAAUCCAGACGGGGAUCUUCGUCACACGUUGCUCAACUCCUCGGUCCUGGAACAUCCCAGAGCUCUGGUGCUGCUGCCUGGUGAGAGUCUCAUGUUCUGGACAGACUGGGGUGACAGAGCAGCUGGAGUUUACCGGAGCUUCAUGGAUGGAACCAACGUGACCUGCAUCGUCUCUGAGGGCGUCCACUGGCCCAACGGCAUCACCGCCGAUGACCACUGGCUGUAUUGGACCGAGGCCUACAGCGAUCGCAUCGAGCGGGCCGACUUCUCCGGCACCCACAGGAUGGUCCUCAUUGAGGGGCUCCCCCACCCCUAUGCCAUUGCUGUCUUCAAGAACGAUCUGUAUUGGGACGACUGGUCCAGGAUGGGGAUCUUUAAAGCUCAGAAAGCUGGAUCUCAGAACCAAGAGCUAAUUGUUGGCAGAUUGACGGGAGUCAUGGAUCUAAAGAUCUUUUACAAGGGAAAGCACAGAGGCCACAACGCCUGCGCUGACCAGCCCUGCAGCCUUCUGUGUCUGCCUCAACCCGGACACAAACACACCUGCGUUUGCCCAGACGGGGUUCCCAUGGUGACCAUGCCCGAAGGAGAGCUGCAGUGCAAAUGUCCCUUUGGGUACCAGCUCCGAAACAAGACCUGCGUGAAAACCGAGCGCACCUGUUUGCCCAACCAGUACCACUGCCGCAAUGGCCGCUGCAUCAGCAGCAUCUGGAAGUGUGACAGCGACAACGACUGCGGGGACAUGAGCGACGAACAGGAGUGUCCUACCACGACCUGCGACCCAUCCCACCAGUUCCGCUGCAUGGCCUCGGGCUCCUGCAUCCCCCUGGCCUUCAAAUGCGACCACGAGGAUGACUGUGGAGACAACAGUGAUGAAGAGCAGUGUGAGGCUCACCAAUGUGGACCCGGAGAGUUCACCUGCGCAAGAGGUGUUUGCAUACGCGAGGCGUGGCUCUGUGAUGGCGACAACGACUGCAGAGACUGGUCUGACGAGAGCAACUGCACAGUGGGCCACCAUACCUGUGAGCCCAGCAGCUUCCAGUGUCGCACAGGCCAUUGCAUCCCUCUGCGUUGGAAAUGUGACGGUGAUGACGACUGUCAGGAUGGCUCAGACGAAGAUCCACAGUUUUGUGAGGGGACUCAGUGUAAAGGUUUCUUGUGCUCCAACGCUUCCUGUCUGCCAGCAGCAGCACACUGCAAUGGCGUUAAGGACUGUCCCGAUGGCGCUGACGAAAACAACUGUGAUCCUCUCUGCACUCGUUACAUGGAGUUUGUGUGCAGGAACCGAGCCCAGUGUCUGUUUCAGUCGUUGGUUUGUGACGGCAUCAAACAUUGUGAAGACGGUUCAGAUGAGGAUGCAGCGUAUGCUGGAUGUGCCACACCCUCGGAAUUUGGGAAAGUGUGCGAUGCCUACACGUUCCAGUGUGCCAACGGUGUUUGCGUUAGCCUGGAGUGGAAGUGCGACGGCAUGGACGACUGCGGGGAUUACUCUGAUGAAGCCAACUGUGCUGCUCCCACUGAGGCUCCAGGCUGCUCCAGGUUUUUCCAGUAUGAAUGCAGAAAUGGACGCUGCAUCCCCACCUGGUGGAAAUGCGAUGGCGAGAAUGACUGUGGAGACUGGUCAGAUGAGGCUCUGUGCACAGGCGGGGUUACUCCUCACACUGUGACUCCAGGUCCCACUACAUGUGCCUCUAACCGCUUCCACUGUGGCUCCGGAGCGUGUAUCAUUAACACAUGGGUGUGUGACGGCUACGCUGACUGCCGCGAUGGUAGCGACGAGCUUGGGUGUCCGACAGUGAAUGGCACUGUUACGCCCGCCCCCACCCAGGCUCCUCCCCCAUCCCCUGGCCGCUGCAGUCCAGGUCAGUUUCUGUGUCACAGCCCCGCCCACUGCAUCCCAGAGUGGCAGCACUGCGAUGGCCUCUCUCACUGCCCGGACGGCUCAGACGAAGUCCACUGCCCGACCCUCGGGCCUCUGGUCUGUGUUAACGGCACCCGGUGCGCUGAUGGGGAGGCCUGUGUGCUGGACGGCGAGCGCUGCGAUGGCUUCCUGGACUGCUCUGACCACAGCGACGAAGACAACUGCACCCCGGACACACGGGUGUAUAAGGUGCAGAACCUCCAGUGGGCGCAGGACUUAUCAGGUGCCGUCACUUUGACCUGGUCUCGGCCCAAAAACCUCCCUUUGAACUCCUGCUACUUCCUGAUCUUCUACAGACUCAUCGGUACGCAGCAGUGGAGCACCAUGAACACCCACAGCAACAAGACCAGCUGCAAGCUGACCGUUUUACAACCAGACACCACCUACCAAGUGAAAGUGCUCACUCAGUGCCUCAGUAAGCUGUACAGGACCAACGACAUGAUCAGCAUCCGGACCCCAGAGGGAUUGCCAGAUCCCCCCACAAACCUGCAGCUGUCCUGCCUGAAUAAGGAAGACGGCACGGUGAAGGUCUCCUGGGAUCCUCCCAGCAGAGGGCACGGCCUGAUCAGGGAGUACAUUGUAGAGUACAACCAGCGUGGAGGUUUAGAGUGGACGUCCCAGAGAUCCAGUGAAACCAGCACAGAGGUGAAGAAUCUGCAGCCAGAAUCCCUGUACAGGUUCCAGGUGGCUGCUGUUACCAGUCGAGGGGUUGGAAACUGGUCAGAGAUCAAGUCCAUAACACCUAAAAAAGCUCUGCCCCCUCCCUCUGUGAUGGUAAAAAGCAUCAGCAACGACUCCAUGAGUCUGUCCUUAAGCCUGGACUCCAAGAUUGAGGUAAAGCUCUUUAUGGCCGUUCUGUCCUGGCAAUUUGAUUCCCACGUUAAGGAAAGCAGGAACUACAACGUCACAUCAGGGAUCCUGAAAGCCUCCAACCUGACUGCAGGGACGCUGUAUGAGGUGGCUGUAUGGGCUCACACCAGCACUGGAGACAGCCCCACCACCCUUUCCCAGCAGCGUACAACCGGCACACCACCAAAGAAGCCCCUCCUCAAAGCCAAGGCUCUAAAUCAGACUGCUGUGGAGUGCAGCUGGACUGUCAGUGGCCCUCUGGCAAAGCAGUACGGCGUGUUUUACGCCACAUCCUUCCUGGAUCUGUACCGCUGGCCCCGCCGCGUGGAUUCCGCUUCCUUCAACCUGACGGUGACUGUGGACAGGGAUGAGCAGUAUCUUUUCCUGGUCCGGGCAGUCUACCCGUUCCUCGGCCCGCCCUCUGACUAUGCCGUGGUGAAGAUGAUUCCGGAUGAGAGACUGCCGCCCAGAAACCUCCACCGGGUGCGGGUCGACCAAACCCAGGCCACUCUGAAGUGGCAGCCGCCGUACGACACCCCGAGCAAGCCUCUGACAUACGUAAUCCAUGUGAGGGACGUGAUUCAAAAUGUUGAGAGGGACUAUAAGUUCACUAGUCAGAGCAACACGGUGGAGUACCUGCUGAAGGACCUGGAGCCUGGAGGAAGAUACAGCAUCUCAGUCCGUCUGCUCAACAUGAGCAAAGAGGCCAGCUUCACUCUCAGCACAACUCCUCUUCCUCCGCCUGAAGCCUUAAAGAUUUUGACGGAGAACGACCACGUGUUCCUGUUCUGGAAGAGCCUGGCGGUCCGGGAAAGGGGCUUCAAUGAGAGCAGGGGAUAUGAAGUUCAUGCGUUUGACAGCACCACCAACCACACCUCAUAUCUGGGAAACACCACCGAAACCUUCUUCCGCAUCACCAGCCUGCUGCCGGGCCACAGCUACACCUUCUCAGUGCAGGCUCGUUGCUUGUUGGGCGGUCAGCUGUGCGGCGAUCCUGCUGUGGUGCUCUACAACACGCUGGCAGGAACCAGCGACGCUUCUCGGACUGAGGUCCACUCCCAGGACAUGGCGGCGGUGGUGGUCCCGGUCCUCUUUGUCCUGCUCUUGGGAAUGUGUGGAGGUUUGGUGGCGCUCUACCUUCGCCAUCGGAGACUGCAGAACAACUUCACGGCUUUCGCCAACUCCCACUACAACUCCCGCCUGGGCUCCGCCAUCUUUUCUUCUGGAGAUGAACUAGGUGAUGACGACGAUGAAGAUGCGCCCAUGAUCAGCGGAUUCUCCGAUGAUGUCCCCAUGGUCAUUGCAUAGCAAAGCCGGUCCCAGACAGCUACUACCCGACUGGAAACCCCCCCCCCCCCCCCCCCCCCCCCCCAAUUUACCGGAAAGUGGAAGAAAAUGAAACCGGCGCCAAACCAGAUCACCUUCAAACAUACAUUGCACUUUUUGGGAUGCGCAAUAACCUAUUUUUUAUAAUGUGAACUAUGUAGAUAGUUGGAUAAGAGGACUUUGAUGUAAACUGUGAAAUAUUUGAGUUUGUCUAGCAUGUCUGUAAGGAAAGACCCAACAUUGUAAUGCAAACUCAUUACUGUUGCAAUGGUUACUGCUUGAAGCCAAAAGAAGCAUCCAAAGUAAAAAAAAAGAAAACAAAAAGAACAGACAACGCAACCCCCCCCACAAAUACAGCACCAUCUAAAUGCUCUGCUAUCCCGAUAAAACUGAUGGAGGCCACUCCGCCCCCGUUCCUGUCGGGAUCAAACGUUGGUGUGCGGCCGUCGACCGCGCUGUUCGUGGAUUGUGUUUAUCUGACUUAGUCUGUUAAAGUUCGGACACGCUUUGUUCUCUUUUGCAACCAAAAGUGAUUGAUCUGGAAGUGUCGCCACAGUGUCUUUGUAAAAACACUCUUCUGUUCCACCACCAGCACAGUCGUAUUCGUGUGUUUAAGCGGAGCCUGACGGAUAAAGUUCCUCGAGGGGGACGCUCCCUCAGAACGUCGCCAAGAUCAUGUAAAGUGUUUGUAAAUUUGAGCUUUUAAUAUAUCUUCUCCUUGCAAUGCUGCACUCAUCAUUCUGUAUAAAUAUAUAGAUGUAGAUAUAUAUUUCAUCAUGAAUUUUUGGUUGUUUUGGACUGCAGACCCCCCCCCCCCACGUUGCCAUAAGUCCAGUCGUAGGAAAGGUGUGUUUGGCGGUUCUCAGGGAAACGUGUCAGAACGGACACCGGCGCCUCCGUGGUUGAGGCGGCGCCGUCAAUCUACUGUUGGAUGGUACAGAAACCUUCGAGGAAGGGGCGGGGCUCAAAGGUUUGAGGUGUCAGACUCAGGCUAACCAUCAGGUCCAGGUGAAGACAUUUAGCAUCACCCCUCUCAGCACCAUCUGCUCAUCGUUGCUUUGGUCUGGUUUCUGCGGUUGGUUGGCCUUUUGGGGCAGGGCCUGCUGCUUGGGCUGUUACCUUCAGGAAGGUCUUCUUGACCUUUGGUUCUGUUGCUCACAGGAAUGUGAGUUUUUAUUUUGAAGCUUUGAUGGAUUUACACAAACAUCAGGAGAACCCUCACAUGUAACAGCUGAAUGCGUAACCAGAAGUCAACAGGCUCAUCGUUUACUGUUGGACCCCUGGAGAGUUUCUUCAUUCAUUGACUUUUUUCCUUUGGUUUAAAGUAGAUCUGUGUUUCACUUCAACACCAUUUUAAAACGAUUGUUCAGUCACUUUAUUUUGAAAGUGGAAACGUACUGAGGUGAAACCAUUGACUGUAUCUAAGAACUGGAAUGAGUCCAUGAAAAAUUGGUUUACUUCCAGAUGAGGUCAAUUCAGUUGCCAUUUUUUGUGCUAUUUUAGAGCUAGAUGAUGUUUGUAAGAAGUAAUUGAUUUGAGUCAGUCAUUGUUCUCAUGGCAACCACUCUGGCCAGUCAGGAGUGAGCUUGCUGGACAGCCACACAUUUAACAGGGGGCUACACAAAAUCUGCCAAACGUGAACGUGAAAGCCAGCAGACUCCACCUACUUUAAUUGAGGCACCUGAUUGGUCAGUUUAUAACUUCAAUAACUUGAACUACAGAAGAAGAAAAAAGGAUUAUCAAGAAAGUGUUAAAAAAAUGUAUCAGAGCAAAUGGUAAUUCUAACAAAUAGAUUGAGUGAAUAACAGCUGUUUAUUUCUCUAUAGAAGUCUAUAGGAUUUUGGCUUCUUGGAGCCAGUGGGUACUUCCUAUUUGGAACGCUAGGGGAGGGGUCACUCAGUCCAGUUCUCAUGUACAGUCAGUGGAUGAAAAUUUGGUGGGAAAAGCAACUUCAUGAAUGUAUUUAGCAUCUGUACGUUGGGCCGUACCAUCCUCUCUGAGGAGCAGUUUGACCUUUCCAAUGUGAAUUUGUGGAUCACUGGUGAAGCACAGUCUUCAGCUUGUUUUUAAAGUGGUUUUAUAUGAUUUGGAUGUCUGCAACCAUUUCUGCAAAACAUGUUACUGUUUUUUUUUUUUUUUUUUUUUUUAUCAUAAGGCUGUGUCUGUUGUCACUUUAAGGUCUCCUUAAGAACUGGUCUUAAGGAGGAACGUUCUUUUGUUUCUUGGCCUUAAAUCUUCUCUGAUGCUGUUCUAAACUCUUCUGUGUUUUGUUUUUUUCUUGUUCCACCACUGAAUGCCUUAUUAGAAAACGAUGAAUUUCUAUGUAAUGUACUGUUUGUAUGCUAGAACCUGCUCAUGCAUGCAGGUAUUUUCUGCUGAGGAGGAAGGGAAAGGGCGUAGGACCAUUUUGUGUUCCUGUUCUCAGUCAGACUUUACAUCUGUACAAAGCAGCAUCGUUGUGCUCCUCACCUGUCUUAGUGUGGACUCGUAAAAAACAAUUUACUUUGAUUUGGACACACAGAUAAUCCAUUUUUGACCAUGUUGUUGUUGAUGUUGUUGUUUUUUGCCUGCUUGUAAAGCUCACUGCAAGAAAACUAAAGAAAUACUGUAAAAUCAUUUACUGGAAUAAAGUUGCUGAAAUCGA